AGGACAUCUUUGUUCCGGCACCAUGAUAUCCGGAGGGCCCAUGCAAUAAUAUCUCCUAGGUCUAGUGCUUUCCACGCUUUCGCUGCUGCCCAAGGACAAGAUAUUUUUAGGAAUCUUUUGGACGUUUCUUUGCUUGUUUCUCACGUCCACUGGGGUAGUCUAGAUUGAACAAGGAUUUCUAGAUUUCUAUGUCAAGAGUGAAUCACUAACUUUCUACAGAAGCCUAUUACUAGAGUUUUGUUUUCCCUCAGGCAUAUAUCUGGUCAUUUCUAAUUCCUUUUUGUUCUGGCUUUGCAUACGAAAAGGGAUGGCGAACUCUGCCUUCAAAAAACUCGAGGGGAAAGUAGCCAUUGUAACCGGCGGUGCAAGCGGCAUCGGCGAGGAAACGGCUCGCCGUUUCUCCAGUCACGGUGCAAAAGUCGUGAUUGCUGACAUUCAGGAUGGAAAGGGCCGAGAUCUUGUAGAAUCAAUCGGCUCCCGCUGCUGCACCUACAUUCACUGCGAUGUUGCGGAUGAGCAACAGGUGAUAUCCUUAGUACAUUCGACCCUUCAACUGUAUGGUAAGCUUGACAUCAUGUUCAGCAACGCCGGAGUAUUCAGUUCUGUUGAGCAAAACAUUCUUGAUUUCGACAUGUCGGCUUGCGAGCGCCUCUUCGCCGUAAAUGUCAAAGGCAUGGCCUCGUGCGUGAAGCACGGUGCCGCAAUGGUGGAUAAGGACAUAAAGGGAAGCAUAAUUUGCACGGCAAGCAUGUUUGCGACCAUAGGGAGUGACAAGUACAUAGACUAUACCAUGUCUAAGCAUGCGGUGUUGGGCUUGGUGAGGUCGGCAAGCAAGCAACUCGGAGCAUACGGUAUACGUGUGAACUGCGUGUCGCCAGGAGGGGUCGCGACACCAAUGCCCUGCAACAGUUUUGGCCGGAGCGAAGAGGAAAUCGAGAGAACGUUUGAGCCGAGCUCGAGCUUAAAAGUUUUGAAGGUGAAGCACGUGGCUGAUGCUGGAGCUUCAGAAGAUUCCGAAUUCGUGAAUGGCCAUAACCUGGUCGUCGAUGGAGGGCUUAACAUGCUUCAAUUGACUCCUCCAGCAGAAUAGGUUUCAAGUUUCCAUGUAUGCCAUAUUUUCCGCUUCGGCACAAAGAAAUAUCAUCGUAACUUGAGAAUGUUUCUCGUGAUAGGCGCUUCUAGCUGAGCUUUCUCGCGACGAACGGUCAUGGCUCUGUAAAUAUUGGACAUAAAUCGCUCUUCA